UCCCGCUCCCCCCUGCCCCCGCCGGCGCUGAGCCCCCGCCGCAGCGCCCGCCCCGGCACCAUGCAUUCGCUGGAGGAGCCGCUGGACCUCAAGCUGAGCAUCUCCAAGCUGCGAGCCGCCCGGGAGAAGCGGGGUCCCCUCGGCCCCCGACCCCGCGGGUCCCAGCGCCCGGAUACCCCGCCGGCCGGGGACGGCCGAGUUGGGAGCCGGGGGGGUCGCCGUGCUGUGCCGGCCUCGCCGUCCCCCGGCCUCCUGGCACACUCCAGGCUGGUGGAACCGCGGGACGGGCGCUUCGCCGCCGUGCCGGUGGUGGACCUCAGCCUCUCGCCCCGCUCCGGCGGGGAGUCUCCGGCCGGCAGCGCCUCGCUCUCCCCCGAGCGCCAGGGCAGCGGGGACCUGCCCGGCCCCCUCACCCCCCACGAUUUCCAGUCCCUGCGCUACAUCGACGGCCUCCCCAGCUCCUUCCAGUUCUUCCUGCCCCUGGGGGCGGGGGGGGCCCUGCACCUGCCCCCCACGGCCUUCCUGCCCCCCAGCAAGGAGAAACGCCUCCCCCCCGAGCUGCCCCUGCCCAAGCAGCUCGUCUGCCGCUGGUCCAAGUGCAACCAGUUCUUUGACCUCCUGCAAGACCUGGUGGACCACGUCAACGACUUCCACGUCAAACCCGAGAAGGACGCGGGGUACUGCUGCCACUGGGAGGGCUGCGCCCGCCACGGCAGGGGCUUCAACGCCAGGUACAAGAUGCUGAUCCACAUUCGGACGCACACCAACGAGAAGCCGCACCGCUGCCCCACCUGCAACAAGAGCUUCUCCCGCCUGGAGAACCUGAAAAUCCACAACCGCUCGCACACAGGCGAGAAGCCCUACAUCUGCCCCUACGAAGGCUGCAACAAGCGUUACUCCAACUCCAGCGACCGCUUCAAGCACACCCGCACCCACUACGUGGAGAAGCCCUACUCCUGCAAGAUGCCGGGCUGCCACAAGCGCUACACCGACCCCAGCUCCCUCCGCAAGCACAUCAAAGCUCACGGCCAUUUUGUCUCUCCCGAGCACCCGGAGAUGCUCAAGGUCCACCCACCUCCCAAAACGCCCCUGGGUUCGGCGGAAUUGCCCUACGUUAACGGGGCGCAGCUUGUGAUCCCCAACCCCGCCGCCCUCUUCGCUCCCCCGGGGCUGCCGGCGUUGCCCAUCCCUUUGGCCCCGGCGCCGCUCGACCUCAGCGCUUUGGGCUGCGGGGCUGCCGGCGCCCUGCCCGGCCCCGUCUUGCCCCUCAACGGCGGCCCCCUGAACUUGGCCAAGAGCCCGCUGCUGCCCUCGCCCUUCGCGGCCGGGCUGGGGCUGCCCGUCAUGUCGCUGCUGGCCGGCGGGGCCAAGGCCGAGGGGGAGAAGGGCAGCGGGGCCGAGGGGCGGCCGCCCAAGACGGGCAAGGGGCCGGAAAGCCGAAAGGAGAGGUGCGAAAGGACGGAGCCGGGGCGGCCGCGGGUCCCCCCCGAGAGCCUGGCGCUGCUGCCGGGGGCCGUGCUCGAUCUGUCGGCCGGCGUCAGCUCGGGGGGCAGCCCCGAGGCGCUGCCGCCCGGCUGGGUGCUCAUCCCCCCUGGCUCCUUGCUGCUCAAACCCGCCGCCGUGAAUUGAGGGGCCCGACGAUGCCCGGGGCCAGCCGCCGGCCCGGCGGGCAGAUCCCGCUCCCUGGGGUUUGGGGGGGGGGCAUCGCCCCCUUCUCCCCCUUGCAGCCCCCCCCCCCCCCCCGCCCAGCCCCGGCGGGGCCUCGCUCGUGCUUUUAACCGUCACGAAAGAAGAACGGACUCUUCUGAGAAAAGCAAUAAUCCCUCGGCGGCCGGAGCCGGCUGCGACCCCGUGCCGGGGGGCAGCCGUGGGGCAGGCAGGGGUACGGGGGGGGGGGGUCCCCCUGCACCCCCCUGGCCCGGGCAGCUGGAAACGCCGCUAUUUAUUUCUCGACCAGCCCCCUGCUCUGACAGGGUCCCACUUGGGCUCAUCUGCUGCCGCCAACUCGGCAUCUUCUCCCUGCCCGAGGCCUCGGCGUCGCCGGUGCCGGCGUGGGGGGCCGCAGCCCCCGGCCUCCCACCGCAGGGAGAGGGGGGGUGACAGCUCGACCCCGAGCUGUGCCCGGCCAUGCCGUCCAACCCCGCCUGGCCGGCACGGCUGCGGGCAGGGCCGCGGCCACGGCACCUCCGUGCCGGGCCCAGCUGGCUGGGCAAACGUCGGCCCGGUGCCCCGCCCGCAUCCCUCCCGCUCUGCGGCCCCCCCCCUCGUGCCCCACCGCCUCCCCGGCCCUCCCCGUGACAAGGCACACGGCCGCGUGUGCCGCUCGCCGUGCCGGCUCCGCGCCGGGGCAGAGCCACCCUGUUUAGCUACGUUCAUACCUAACCAUGUACCGCAAGCGCAUGCAGGCAGCAGGCAGCGCGGGCAGGACUCCAGGCGCCGGCAGGGCUGCUGCCGGCAGCGCGUUGGCACCGGCUGGCGGGGCACCCGCUCCUCGGGACGUGCUGGCUGCCCCCCACCCCCCGCAGCGAGGAUCCCCGAUGAGGCCCCCCCCCCCCCGGGCCACGGGGCAGCGUUGGGGCGAGCAGGACGCUGCCGCAGUGCCAGGAGCGGGCAGCGUGCCCGGCCUCCGGGCGGGCAGAGCUCGGAGCCUCUCCCGGCACAUGCAGGGGGGGUCCCACGUACCUCCCGCUGCCGGGCAGGACCCCUGCCCACAGCUUUCUCCGAACCGGGGUGGGGCGGGGGGGGGGGUGUGUGUCUCCCCAAUCCUGCCCCCUCCCCGCUGGAAGGAGCCCCAGGCCGCACGCGCCCCGCGGGGAGCCGGUCUCCCUGCCCUCACCCUCCUUGGGCCGGGGCGCGGUGGCCGUCCGGCGCUGCCGCAGCCCCAGCAUGGCCGCGGGCCAUCGACCAGGCCGCCCCGGCCGGUGUACGGUGUACGUCUCCUCGCUCCUUCGUCGGUUUGUUGUUGCACAUUCCAGGACAUCAGUAUUUUAACGGUCUCGAAGUGCCUUUCUAUCGUAGUUUCUGGGUUGUUUUUAUUUUCCUCCUGUUGGGCUCCAUCGCUGUUAGCAUAGCGUUUAAGGACUGCAGAAAUAAGAGAUAAGCUAACGACUAUAACACUAUAUUCCUCCAGGAGAGAGGAAGUUUAUUAAGAAAACAAUAAAGUGAAGUUGAAGUAA